AUGGACGGGGAGGCGGCGCGCAAGAGACGCCGGCUUGCCGACGCUGCGGAGGCGCGGCUGCGCCACGCAGGCGAGGAGGGAGCGACGGCGCCGAGCGGAAGGCCCGCAUCGCCCGCCCAGGCCCCGAAGGCUUCGCAGCGAGAUGGAGACGGGCGCGCGGCGACACCUGACGCUGCCUUCCGGCUGCUGCGCGUCAGAGGGGCGCCAGGAGCCGCGCACGCGACGGGGGGGCCGCCGACGUGCUGUUUGCGGCAUUUGGUGCGCGGCGACCUGUCGUACGCGUUCGUCUCGAACUACAUGAUCGACCUGCCGUGGCUGCUCAGCGCGUGCCCAGCGCUGACUCGGGCGGGCCACUUGGUGGUGUGCCACGGCCACCGCGAGGACACGAGCGACGCGAUGGUGCAGGUGCUGCGGCGUCUGCGGAUGGAGCACAGGACCACUCUCUGGCAGCCACCCCUGCCGAUCCGGUUCGGGACCCACCAUUCGAAGUUCUUCCUUCUGAGGUUCAAGACAGGCCUCCGAGUUGUCGUCCUCACGGCCAACAUGAUCCACGCGGACUGCAACUCGAAGGCACAAGGCGUGUGGUACCAAGACUUCCCGCCCAAGGACCCAUCAGCCCGCACAGGCGGCCAGUCGGGCGCUUCUGAGUUCGAAACAGACCUCCUAGCAUAUCUGUCGCGGCUCGGGCUUCCUAGAGGGGACUGGGAGGACCUUCAGGCGGUGGUACGGGCGCACGACAUGUCCUCGGCGCGCGCCAAGCUCGUCACGUCGGUCCCGGGGUACCACACGGGAGCAGAGAGGCAGCGCUGGGGGCAUCUGGCGCUGCGGCGAGCCCUCGAGGAGCUCAAGGGGCUGCCCGAGGAGGCAGUGGGUACGCCCCUGUGCAUGCAAGCGAGCAGCAUGGGCUCGCUGUCGGACGUUUGGCUCGAGCGGGAGUUUGGACUGACGCUGCGGUCGGGCAAAACUGCCACCAGGCCGCUCGGCAAGCCGUCGCACGGCAUGGGUCCCGUGGGGAUGCGGAUCAUUUGGCCGACGGUGGCCGAGGUGCAGAACUCGCUCGAGGGCUGGGUGGCGGGGGCCUCGAUUCCGGGGUCCUCGCGCAACGUGAACCGCGGCCACCUGGUCCCGCGGUUCUGCCGCUACGCCGGCGCCCCCGUCGGGCUCCAACGCGCGAUGCCGCACAUCAAGACGUACGCGCGGCACUCCGAGGACGGUCGCAGGAUAUUCUGGCUGUUCCUGGGCUCGCACAACAUCUCCAUGGCGGCCUGGGGCAAGCUCGAGAAGAACAGCACGCAGCUGAUGGUGCGUUCCUACGAGAUGGGCGUCCUCCUGGCGCCCUGCUUCGAGGAGGCGUACCUGAAGCACCCGCACGCGGGCUUCCGGUGCCAUCCAGUGCCCUGGGAGCGCGGCGCCGCGCGGCGCGGGGUCGGCGGCGAGGUGGUAAUGCGACCGUGGGAUGUGCGCGCGGCGGAGGCAGAGAAUGCGGCACCCGGGACGGCGUGGCUGCCGGUCCCGUACCCGCUACCGCCGCGGCCGUACGGCGAGGCGGACGAGCCGUGGGUCGUCGACGAGCCGCGGGAGUACCCUGACGUGUGUGCGCAGAUGUGGCCGUGCGAGUUCAGCCACUACGGGUUCGUCGACAGCGACUCGGACACGGGCACGGACGACGACGACGGGCCGGAGAUCGUGCGGGCCGCGCCGGGCAGUGCGCAGCGGCGCCCCCCGGCGGCUGCCGGCGAGGCGGAGGUUGUGGUCAGCAGCGACAGCGACAGCGACGUGGUCGUUGUCGGGUCGCAGCCGUGA